CAAAUGCUGGAGCCCAGGGAAGCAAGAGGAUGCUGCUGCUGCUGCUCCUGGCACUGCUGGGCCCUGCUGGCUGCCCCAGGACAGAGCCCCUGAGCGGCUCCAGCCAGGAGCCGCUGUUCCGCGGCGCCGAUCGCUACGACUUCGCCAUCGUCAUCCCUGCUGGCAGUGUGGAGUGUUUCUGGCAGUUCUCACACCAGGGUGGCAACUUCUUCUUCAGCUACGAGGUCCAGCGGGCCACGGGGAUUGGCAACAGCAGGACCAUCCUGGUCACAGCGAGUGACCCCAAUGGCUUCCAGCUCGGAGUGUCCCGGGACGUGCGAGGACAGAUCAACUUCCUCACCAAGGACACAGGUUUCUACCAGCUCUGCCUGGACAACCAGCAGAACCACUUUGGCUUCAUGCAGGUGUACCUUAACUUUGGUGUGUACUACGAUGACUUCAACAUGGAGCACAAGGAGCCAGCAAAGAGGAAGGAGCUGAACGACACCCUGGACGCAAUUGGGGUGAGCAUCCAGAGGCUGCAGAUCCACACCUUCCACAUGUGGCGCUUCUACAACUUCGCCCGGAUGCGGAAAGGGGCCGACUCCUUCCUGCUGGAGUCCAACUACAACUAUGUCAACUGGUGGUCGAUGGCCCAGAGCUGUGUCAUUGUCCUCUCCGGGGUGCUGCAGCUCUACUUCCUCAAGAGCCUGUUCCACGCACAAACCUCGGGCAGCCAGAAGUGCUGAGACAGCGCAGGGACCCCCCUGCAGAGCCAGGGGACCUGGCUGCCCCUCUGUCCCACCACAGUAUGGGAGGAAAGGCUGGAUUCUGCUUCCAGGAGGAGGUUGGAGAGUUCCCCCUGCUCCUGCCUCGUCUCUAGCCCUGGCAUCAGCCCAAGAGAAGUCAAAGGGCACACUGCCACCUGAGUUCUGUGUGCUGAGUGGGUUUGUUACAUCCCUACCCAUUUUUACUGUCUUUACUGUGGGCUUUUUCUACCAGACUCCAAAUAAAGGACCCCCUGGGACAGUCCAGGGAGUGACUGCUGCCUGCUGCUGCCAUCCAGCCUCUGUGAGCCUAGAAGCUGCU